UGUAUGGAAACUUGAACAGCAGCGGCACAAAGUACGUAACGAGAACUAAAAAUCAGUACACAUUUGACAAUGACAUUUCGGACUCGCAAACGUUACGAAUUCGAUUUUGGUUCGUGCUAAGGGUACUGAAAUCCCGAAAACAAAACACGAUCGGCAGAACAUUGUAUGACAAGCGCGGGAAAUAAAGUUCUAACUACGAAUGCGAGCGCCGAUUUUUCUUCACAUUCAGCUUAAUAUCAUGGCCUAAUAGAUUAGUUCUCGUUACGUACGUUACGGCUCUGCUGUUCAAGUUUUCAUAAAAAAAAUGACAAUAACAUUUCGGACUCGCAAACUAUUCAAAUGCGAUAAUAGUUCCUGCUAAGGGUACUGAAACGGCUUAUCAGUAUCGCAUUCUUUCGUUGGCCGCACUGUAACUAUUGUAAUAAUAUAAUACUAGCAAACCAGUGAGCCAAAUGUUCACCAAAAAAAAAAUGUAUUUAAUUAAUUGAGAACUUCGGAGAUUUUGUGUGGUUUCGUUUGAAAUAGAAAUCACGUGAUUUGCUGACUGCUUUGAAUGCUACCGUUAAGCUCUUAUAUCCUAGGAUAGUGUUGCUGACAUGUAACGGCAUUAAUACAGCGGUGAAUAACUCAAAUGGCGCUGUUUCCUAGAGAGUGGUCUUUCUUUUUUAGGUCUUUAUGCGUCCGUAAUAUUACGGUCGCUAUACGACGGCACCGCUUUCUUAUAAAAGCAAAGAAUGGGCGCAUAUGUACGGUUUCCUGAUUAGGAAUCUCGAUUCGGAAACCUGAAUGUACGUCCUUACAUAUAAAAUGUUCACCAAGGCGCAUACUAUUCUGUUUUUUUUUCAGAAUGGAAAAACUUUAAGUUUCGAAACUAACUAAUAAAAAAUUGAAAGUGCGCUAGGCCCAUGUAAUUUCGAAUCUGAAUUCCUGAUCAGGAACCCUUCCUAGACGCCCAGCCUUGAUCUUGUAACCCAAAUCAAGUUCUCAAGGGAGUGGGGCCGUCCCCACAGUGAAGGGGGGACAUUUGGGCAGGGGGCGGGGCAGCACCCCCUCUCGGCGCAAUAUAAGCGAGAGAAUCUCAACAAGAAAUUAGGGAUAAACCUCAAGUAUAAUCUUGCUUAGAAUUACUAUUGAGAGAUUUUAGGUCCACGAAUUAAGUUCGAUCAAUAACAUAUCUUUUUAUCCAUUUCAAAGCAGUCCCCCUAAUACCGUAUGCUUCACAUUUUUUCAUAAGUAGAUCAUGCGAAACGUUAUCGAAAAUUCACAUGUUUUAUUAUUUCACUAAUUAGUCUAAAAACAUCUAAUGCCGUCGACUUUCCCUAACGUUUGGUUCGCAAACUACCUAGUAAAUAAAACCGAACAUCUGCGCUAGGCUCACGGAAUUCCGAGUCUGAAUUCCCAAUAAGGAAUCUGAAUCAAGAAGCCGUACCAGCCCAGCCUUAAUCUUGUAAUCCGAAUAUGGGGGGAAUCAAGGUCCCAGUGGCGGCGAGUGGGGCCGGCCCCACAGCGGAAGGGGAGGCGUUGAGACGGGGGCGGGGCAGUACCCCCCUCUCGUCGCAAUACACGCGGGGGAACCUCAACACCCAGUACGCCGACGCGGACAGCUUUAUGGGCGGCGAGCCGGAGGGGAGGGGCACGAAUAUGGGCCCGCCCGGGACCGGCUGCACCUGCGGUUGGAGAGUCACGUGUACGGGCGCUUUGGGCGUGACGACGUGUAGCCGCUGGAGCCGCGCGGGCGUCUGAGGGGGGGAGGUGGAGGCGUGCGGGGCGCGGCAGGGGCAGGGCGCGCCCAGCGGCAUGCGGGCGGACGCCAGUCGCGCGCCGGCGCUCGGCCCGCACGCACCGCCGCUCACUACCGUGUCCGGGGAGGACAUCAUGAACCUAUGUCCGCGCGAACACUCGUACUCGAAUCCGAUGAAUAUCUUGACGGUGAGGUGGUGAGCACCGGAAGGUUUGCCGCGACCGCGCGGGGCACGGAACAAACUCGCUUGCUCCAUCCUGACGGCACAGUCCCAGGGCAGCAGAUAGUUAGUAUGCGGUAAGAACCCAGGUUGCAGAUGCUCUGGAAGACCAGCACUAUGGGAGUAGAGGCUGGAAGCCCCCAGACAGACAAGGGACCAGCUAGGGAAGGCUGGCAGAAGACCGGCCGGGCUGGUAGUGUGAAGCAUUCCCGGCAGAUACUCCGUUGUAGACGGCUGACGGGUUAUGACUUUCUCUUGCGUAGAUUCUCCCCUUACAGGCACAACGUAUCCAUCAGAAGCGGGGGAGUUGUCUUCAUCCCUCGCCGAGCCCGGGGACAGCGCAUCCACCACGGACCAUGGGCCCUCCCCCUCCCCCUCUCCUUCCCCGUCCCCAUCCCCGUCAGCAUCCGGUUCCGGUUCGGCCGGGUCCUCUUGGGAACCUGGCGGAGUCUUGUCUUGUGUCUCUCGCCCGCCUUCGCCUUUCACUGACGCCUCCUUGUAAGUGGGCGUUGAGGGCUGGAACACAGGGAACUCGACGGUGAGCAGUGACGGACAGACGCCGCAUUCCUCGGCCGCUUGUAUGUAGAACGUGUAAUUGGCGCGUUUCACCGUAUACGGGUCUUCGCGGGAACACUUCGUACGACCGCAGUUGCAUGCGCUUAUGUAACGUACGCCUGACGAGUGUUCUUUUGUGUUGUCAUGGUCGGGCAGCACACACAGAUGACCGGUAAGCGAGGCGGCUUCACAGAGACGCCUCGUCUUGUGUAUCGCUUUACAAGCGGCUUUAAGUUUGAUUCUCGCCGCACCUGCUACUGGCCCUCUAGCCAUCGACUCCACUACGCCCAGGGCUACGUUCACCUUAUGCGCGUGAUGUUGACUAGAGUAAUGCGACGGAAGUCCUUCGGCGUAUGAUGCUUGAGCUAUCGGCAACACCUUAGCGCACCGUGCUUGUGAGAACCUCACGUCAGUAGCGAGUGCAUCGAAUAGCGCGCCCCCCGCCCCUUGCGCCUCCCCUGCCUCCUCCAAAUAUAUGGGGGCUAGAGCUUCGGCCGCCGCGCGCCAAGUUUGCGCGCUCGGUAACUCGAAGAAGGAUGUGGUCAUGGCAUAUUUGCCAACAUUAUCAUCGAAUCCUUCGCCAAAUGCCAAAUCGAUGUGCGCUUGUAGGAACUGCUUGAAGGUCGGCCGCGCAGGGCCGGCAGUAGGGGCGACCCCGGUGGCUACAGGGAGGGAGCCAGGGGCGGAGCCGGGCGCGGGGGCGCAGCGUUCCAUGAGGCCACGGACUAGAUUCCCGACGUCACGAGCACCCCCAUUACUUUCAGCAUUGAUGUACACAAAUUCCUCGUUCUUUGGUAUCGCAAAUAACGAUUUGGCACAGACGUUGGUGAUAAUGCGGGCCUUCCUCAGGAUGAAGUAUAGCUGGUCUUCAACUGCAUGCUCCAGCCUUUUCAAGGCAGCGGGGUUGCGGCGUAAAGGCGCUGGGGCGCGGCCACAGUGGAACACCAGGCGCGGACAACACGCGCGCCCGUGGCUCUCCCACGCGCCCCCUAGAGACGAUGUGGCGAUGCCAGUACGCGGGGACAACUCCGUCCUAUAUGCAUCUAUUGCUUUAAAAAGCUGCAAGUACCCCAGGUCGAACACUGGAGUGGGAUGUGAUAACACCACUAUGUGACACAAGUGGAAUAAAAGAGCAAUCGUUCUACAAGAGUCUGCUGCAAGUUCCCCCGCGGCCACGAGCCAAUGUGCAGCAUCAGCAUCUUUCUCGGUGCUUUUAGAGUUUUCGUCUAGAUUUUCUGCAAGCUUGGUCAGUUGUUUUGUGUCUAAAUAGGUGACAGCAUGUAGAUACAGGACACUGCGCCUCUCAUCCCAGUGGCAUUCAAUACCAUUCUCAUCACUGUUUACUGAAGGCAGGAGGGGAGUAGUCUUAUUAGGGUACCGGUAAGGAGACUUCCCGAUCACUCCUACAACCACUAUACGGUCCUUUUUGGAAAAAUCUGGUAUAUUAUCAAUUUUAAAGACUGUCAUACUUAUUUCAUUGAACAAAAUAUAAAUUAUAGAAAAACAAUUCGUAAAUAAAUCCUCGAUCGAGCAUUCAUUGACAUGUUUUUAUUUUAUAGUGUCAAAUGAAAUUGUCACAAAUGUCACUUUGACAUUGACAUUACUCGCCGGAAUAAACUUCCGAAAUGCUGAUUGUUUUUAGGGCGAUGUUUUUUAUAGUCACUUACGUUGCAGUAUCAAGUUUCGUGAACAUAUUCGAGAAUCAUCAAAUUUAUCAAAAAAAAAAAUAGAAGCUAAAAUUAAGUUUUAUGUAAAAUAAGCAAGAAAUAACUGUAUAGAUUUUAAAAUUUAUCAUAAACAUCAAUGCCAAUUUGGGUUAGGUAGCUGAUUUCGGACCCUAAUAGUUUAUCAAACCACGUGGAAAUGUUUACGUUGUCAAUGUCAGCAUCUCAUCAGCGAGCGCAAAACUUUGUCAGCUGGCGAUUGCUUGUUUGCUCGGCCCUUUCGCAAUCAAGGUUUACAAGUUGGAGAUUGGUGAAAUGUUGUAGUUAUAGUUUGAAAAUCUGCACAUUCGCACGUUAUCUGGUCCGCGUACCGUCCAACUGGUCAUAAAUCAACGGAACGCGAUAAAGUUGUCAGUGAAUACAUUGCGUUUCUUUGACCACUAUUGAUUUCGAAAGUGUUUUCUCGCAGUAUGUCUUCUAUAACUGAAGAUAUUUCCGAGCUUUUAGAUAGUUACAAUGGCAGGGAUAAGGUAGUCAGAUUAACAUGCUAUGCUUUCAAACUGUAUGGCUGCAUUAUAAAUGAUAAAGCAUGGCAAUCGGCUGGGUCUAGGCUGUCUGGUGCUCGACUGAUGCUCAGAUUGUUUGAUGACAUCCCCAUGCUGAGGCACACAUACAGUUAUGGCUUAGGAAGACAUGAAACAUCUAAAAUGGCUGCAGCCUUAGGUGUACUUGCAAACAUAGUAGAUCAAGGAUUUCUGCCAGUGGAGAAAGCAUGUUGGCUCCAUGAAGUUGGUAUUAUAAAACUACACCCAGACACAGCAUACAAGCUAGAGACUCUGAGUACAGCACUCUGGGCAGCCAGCUUAUACAUUGCGUUACUACAGACAAUCAGAUCCAUAAGGCAACUGUGGUGGAGCAAAGAUUGUCUCAAUUCCUCUGAAGGGUCCUGGGAAGCGAAGCGCGGGUUAGACACGCGUAUAGCCCUACAGUCCGUGACUGCGCUGAAAAUGUGCCUCGACAUCAUACACGCCGUAUCUUGCCUGCCUGAAGGAUACCUUUGGGGUGAAAAAAUUGGCGCCACCAAAGUCGCAGCCAUCGCAACCACUUCCUCCAUUAUGGGAAUAGCUCUCUACUUUGCUAGGAGACGUUUGUUGAAAUAGUGUGUGGUGAUUAACAUAGGUGGCUCCUUACCAUUGUUCUAUUGAUACAUUAUCAUACUUUAAUUAACAAAAAAAUCUAAAAAUUGAUAAGAAUAGAAUGUUAGGUACAUUCUUUCUACAAAUUGAAUAGAACAGCCAAAUAGAAUGCAUUACUUUAAAAUUUCAGUACAUUGAGAGUAGGUACUUCUUUACUAAGUAGUACCAAUGCUCCUUAGUAAGACUGAAGCAAAUAAAUAUGUACAUAUUAUUUGGUAGCAGUUCGCAAUAUGUAUUAAUUUGCUUUAAACAAAGCUAGGAAUAGUAAUGCAGUCUUUUUUCAUAUCGCUCAAAUGACAUUUGUAUUUUGAUGAACUGAGACAAAUCUUGGUCUUCAUUUAUUAAUAGGAG